AUGGUGAUCAAGUCCCUGGAGGUGACGGUGAUGUCCGCCAAGGACCUCCACAACGUCAACGUCAUCCAUAAGAUGAACCCCUAUGUCAUCGUCUCCCUCUCCGGCAACCACAAGCAGUGCACCCACGUCCACAAGAACGGCGGCACCAGCCCCAGGUGGGUCAAACUCCUCGCCUUCCCCGUCGACGAGGCCCGCGCCGACCUCCUCAUCCUCAUGUUCGAGAUCAUGACUGAGAAGACCUACGGCGGCGACAAAGAGAUAGGCAGGGUCGAGGUGCCGAUUGCGGAGCUGCUCGAGAAGCAGGGGGACGGGAAGCCCAAGCAAAUAAGCUACAGCGGGCCUACAAAGAAGAGCGGCGGGCAGGGUUGGAUCGGGGGGUUGGCCUCCGGGUUCGCCGGAGGGUUGGUCGACGGGUUGGGUGGCAAGUUGGCCGGCGGGUUGACUGACGGGUUGUUUGGCAUAGUGCAGUCGGAAGCCGCAGUGGACGAGCCGGAAGCCGCAGUGGACGGACCAGAAGCCGCAACGAACGGGUCGAAAGUCGCAGAGGAGAAGUAA